AUGGGUAUGGCAGUGCAAACCAGGUUUGGGGCAUGGAACACAAUUCGAAUGCCACAAUGUUCCGGCGAUCGUAACGAGGGAGUGAAUGGAGGGCAAUCUCCGGCAGAGGAAUUUGCACCAUUAGCCACCAAAUUUCAGAGGCGUCUUUUUUUGGGCAUAGGGUCAGCUUCACUUGUGGCUCUGGGUGCAAACUUUGGUGGCAUCACCAGUUUUCUUCUUGGUUUGGCACCGCAAAGUGGUCGUAAUUUGAAGCUGGACGUGCUUUAUCCUAUCGCUGGCUACAGCCGUUGCGUUGACACAAAGGAAGGAUUUGAAUUCAUAUACCCAGCAAAUUGGGUGGGAGAUCAGACAGUGCUGUAUCGAGCUGCCAAGAAAAGAGAAAUGGAACGAUCAUUGGAUCCUCCUCCUCUGAAUGUACGGCGGCGUUCUAACAUGAAUGAACCGGUUGUUGCAUUUGGUCCCCCAGGUUCCACCGGAGAAGUCAAUGUUAGUGUGAUUGUUUCACCUGUUGUUGCUCCAGAUUUCUCGAUUGAAGCAUUUGGAGGGCCAGAUGAGGUGGGUGAAGCAGUGGUUCGAAGCAUAACAGGAUCAGGGCAACGCCCUGACGUGAAGGGCACAUUGAUAGCAUCAAGUUUGAGAGAGGAUUCCGUUAGAAAUGCCAAAUACUACCAACUGGAGUUCAGAGUUGAGAGCCCCUCGUUUAGGCGACACAAUGUUUCCGUCUGCUGCGCUCGUGGUGGUAGGCUUUUUACUUUAAAUGCUCAAGCACCCGAAUCAGAGUGGCCACGAUUGAAGUCAGAUUUCUAUAGGAUUGCUAAUUCAUUUAACCUCACAGUUUAG